UUCACUCUCCCCAUCAGUGCAUUUCAUACAGCGCGUUAUCGCAGACCCUCUCUCUCGCUCUCCAGCUCUCUGACAGACAUGAAAAUCUCUCUUCUCAUCAUUACAGGGUUUUUAGCCUUGGCACAGGGCAAACCAGAAGUUACCUUGUUCCCACCGUUUCAACUGGUUUAUGUGGGAGAUGAAAUCCACUUAAACUGUAAAGACAGCAGCGGCCCAGUUAAAUGGUACUUCAACGGUGUACAGCAGAACGAGACAGAACCAACCCUUCGUAUUCCCACGGCAACACCUGCCAGUUCUGGCGUCUACGCCUGUGAGAAAGGGGAGAGGAGUGAAGAGAAAAAUGUCACUGUUCUGGACUCCCUUCCUCCAGCCUCUCUCUCCAUUAAGAUGGGUUUCCCGGUGAUGAGUGGUGGAGAUGGUGUGGUUGUGGAGCUGACGGUGGAUGAUGGUCUGGCCGACUGGUGGUGUGUGAUAGCACGAGGAACCGAUCCUAGAAACGUAACAGUAAACCGGUCCAAAAGAGACAUGUUCACGAACGAAAAUUACACAGUCACACUUCAUGUCGAUCUAAACCACGCUGACCGGGCUGUGGUAUGGUGUGUCAAAAACUCAACAACACAACGCAGCAAUGCCAUCAUUCUAAAAAAAACAGAUAGCAUGGUGGUUCUGGAGCCUCCUGUCAGCCCUGCUCUUGAAGGAGAGAGUCUGGUUUUGCGCUGUGUGGUUUGGGGAAACGGACGGAUUGAUCAGGUGACGUUUUAUAAGGACAACAGAGAGAUUCGUAUGAGUAAAGACCCAAACUUCACCAUCUCCAACGUGACCCAGGCAGAUAAGGCUGACUACAGCUGCCAGGCUGACUACACCUUCAGUACUCUCCACCCAAACGCUGCCGUUCACACCAAGAAAUCUGACCCUCAGCCUCUUCGAGUCAUAGGUUUUCGUCCUCCCCGUGCAUCUCUUUCAGUACGGAAUGAUAACCUGACCUGUUCAUGCCCCAAGUGUCCAGAGAAAGCCCAGUUCCACUGGUACUACCGUGACUCCGCCCAUGAGCAUGGAGAAAAACUCACGUCCAGUCCACCAGGCAAGACCAUGACAGUCACAGACAAGGAAAAAGAAUACGCAUGUCGAGCAGUUUGGGACGAUGGAAUGUCUCUCAUGAGUCAAUAUAGGGCAGCUGAGCCUGUGUUUCACGCUGCGGGGCUGAUCGUUGUUGUUCUGGUGAUCCUGCUUGGGCUGAUCAUAACCGCGGUGGUUUGCUGGCGUAAGCGGAGAACAGGGGGUAUAACUGUGGGAGGAGAGAAGAAAAAGAAGAAGAAGGGGAAACUUGAUGGUGGGGUAGAUGGGGGUUAUGAAGCCACCAAAGUUGGGCCUGAGGGUAAGGAGGAGGGAGGAGGUUACGAAACGCUAAAACAAACGGAAAAAGCAAAAGAGUAUGAGGAGGAAACUGUGUGAGGAGAGAAAAGACGGAGAGAAGAAAGGAAGAUUGCGAUAUGAGAGAGAAAGAGAGAAAAACUAAAAAAAAAGCAGAGAGGGCAUACACACACAACACACAAACACAUACAUGUUCACUCAACACUCAUCAUCAUCCACACAGUCAUUAGUACAGGUACACAGAUACAAAUACAGACAGAAAUAUAACUAUAUACAUACAAUUUUGCUAUAGCAAUAAUCAUAGAAAAAUGUGACUGUAAGUCUUAUUAAACAGAUCAUUGUUGGAAUACUCUCGUCCAAGAAGAGUUAUGUUACAUUAUUAAGGAUAACUGAAGAAUUCAUACAAAUUAUUGUUCAAAACUAUGUUUAUAUCAUAACAGCAUAUUUAACCAUCAUCAUCAUUAUCUGUUCAGUUCUAUUUUAUUUCUGUUCAGUUAGCUUAUCACUUCAUUAUAACAGUUGCUUCACAAAAUCCCAGUCCGAGAUAUUCCGAACCUGUGUGUGAAGGUGGACAAACGCUGAAGAGCUGGCCAUUUACUGCCAGGCUGGAGCUGAGGGAGCCAUGUCUGUGGUCAGUUCUGUUUCCUUAAAGAAGGAGACAGAGAAGGAGACAGGGAGGCAGAGAGGGAGACAUGGAGACAGAGAAGGAGACAGGGAAACAGAGAGA